CGGAAAACCACACUAAGAAGAAGAAGAAGUCUCGACGUCACCACUGUAAACUUCUGCUCCGGAAGAAUACUUAGUCCAUUAUGAAAUCACAGGCGACAGAUAAGUAAACUUAGUAUACAGUAGCUUAUUAUUUAAGAAAAGAUUUCACGGUCCGACAUACUGUGAAUAUGACCUUCGCCUUGAGAUCAACGCGACGCUUGUACACUCACCUGUCAACGUCUGGUUUCGUGCAGUGUCGCACUAUCAAGAAAGAACACAAUUUAAAAGUGAGCAUUCAAUUAACUUGGUAAUGUGUCAGUUUGUUCUGAUAUUUUGAUCAUACCGGUAGUUAAUGUUUAAAAGCUUGAUGAACUGCUUGAAAUAAUAUUGAUCUGGUUGAUAGAUAACCGAAAUGCACGGCUGCAUUUAUUCUGUAGGCUAGUAGAGCCUUAGCCUUUGACCAUUACAUGACAGGUAAGUCAUUGGACGAAGGCGUCUCCUGUUGGGGGUAGUUUUGUUCAGAUCCAGACGUUCAAUCUGAACAUUAACAUGCAUCUCUUGCGCUACGGUUUUAAAAACAUAAGGACCUUAUAUUUCAUAUCAGCGAAAAAAAUUUCUAAAAACAAAAGGAGAUGAAUAUCUGAUGUUAGUGAUUUUUUUCAAAAAACAAAAGGUUAAAUUGAUACACACCUUGUUAUUAAGGUUAGUAUGGCCAUAUCUCCAUGUUACAGCGCUUGUUUACUGAAAACAGAUGGAAGACAAGAGGCGACCACCUGUGCUAAUUAGCUAUCUAGCAUGUUCCGAACACCUGUGUGUAAUGCCGCGUUCAUUACAUUUACAUUUUAGUCAUUUAGCAGACGCUCUUAUCCAGAGCGACUUACAGUUAGUGCAUACAUUAUUUAUUUUUAUUUUUCAAACUGGCCCCCUGUGGGAAUCGAACACACAACCCUGGCGUUGCAAACGCCAUGCUCUACCAACUGAGCUACCUGCCGGCCAUUCCCUCCCCUCCCCUACCCUGGACGACGCUGGGCCAAUUGUGCGCCGCCCCAUGGGUUCUUGUAUAGUCCCCUUGUUCAGGUAUGGCUAAAAUGUUAUUAUUAUUUGUGUGUCCCUGUGUUAGAAUGGUGGGUGGGAGCGGGUGAUCCCUGCAUUCCGCUCUGUGUGUGGUGAAGAUGGAGUGUCCUUGGGUGAAGCAGUCAGGGAGCAACAUGGCAGAGAUGAGUCUGUACACAGGUGAGCUCAGCCAUCUGGCACAGAGCAGGUAUGUUCUGUCUCCAACAUGCACACACACAUACAUGUGUACAAACUCGAUUUGUGUAUGUGUUUCAGGGUUGGGGUCAAUUCGAAUUGAAGGCAGUCAAUUCAGGAAGUAAACUUAAAUUACAAUUUAAUAGUUGAAAAAAGGGCAUUUAUUUUCAAUGACUUCUCAAUAAACUGAACAGUAGAAGCUAUUUAAAAAAAAAAUCUAAAUAUUAAAUUCACAUCAAUUCCUGAAUUGACUGCCUUCAAUUUGAAUUGACCCAACCCUGAUGUGUUUCUUGUGAUGGAUAGCUACAGGGAUUCGGGGUGGUUCUAGGAGUAUCCUAUUAGUCUAAGUGAUUGUUCUCUCGCAGAUGUCGCCCCCCAGACGUAGUGGUGUGGCCGCGUAGUGUGGAGGAGGUCAGUGCCCUCGCCAAGAUCUGCCACCACCACCACCUUCCCAUCAUCCCCUUUGGCACGGGCACAGGCCUCGAGGGCGGAGUGGGGGCACUUAAGGUGAGAGAGAAUCAGUCUGUCAAGGAGAUGUAUAUCAGUCUGGCAAGUUUGAUUAAUCUCUCUGUGAAUUUAUAGUCAUUCCACCUCAAAAAGUACAAGAAAGAGGAUUUCGACACCCGCCAUCUCAGAUUGUUCUGAAAUCCUUUCUGUAGUUAGAAACAGGAAUAUGAUUAGCAUUCCUUGUAGAAAUAUAGUUUGAUUUAAGCUAAUUGACUGUACACAAAUGAGCCAUUUUAAUUGAUAGGAUUCAGAUAAUCUUCAAUAAAUAUAGUACCUAACAUCCGAUUCGGACCUUAAUUCUUCCUAACAAUGAGUAAGACAAGGAAUCCAAUAAAAUUAUAAAAAGCCACCCACAGACCCCACUCUGAUCCAACAACCAAUAUACAGUAUUGGUUAUCUGUGUUUGACAAGUAGUAUGGAGUAAGGCUUCUUCUUCAUCCUUUGUAAGGUAUUCUCUGUCAAUCUGGUGAUGUUUUUUUCCCCCUGUUCAGAGAAAUUAGUCAUUGAAGUAACUUUACCAUAAAUUAGUGUGAAAAUACCAAGUUUUGCCCACUAGAUGCCGCUAUUCCUGCUACUGGCACCACACCCUUUUAUCCAUGUUGCUGGUGUCUUGUGUUUAUUAAAUAGAUCACAACAUUCUCUUUGCAACUUUGGGUAGAAAACCAAUAGAUUUUGCUCAUGAUGAAACUAGAUUUUAUGGUCAUCCUCACAAUUCAAGCCAGUCCUCCAUGAAAGCAAUUCUGUUUUUCAUUCUCAUAGGCUUAAUUUCUGACCAUGAAACAGCCCCUCUGUGUGUGGUUUAUUCCCUUCAAAAAAGGUCUGGAUUAGUUUGACCAUUCCUGGUGAACAAGCAAACCAUUAGGCUACAGCACUUCAAUGGUAAAAGUCCCAAACACACACACUAUAGUAUUUUGCAAUGGUAAUUGUAUUGGGUUGGGUUUAAUGGUAAAUGUCACUGAUCACACUACAUAUAGAGAUGUUUUCAAAUAAUGUUUUAGAAAAACAUAUGACUGCCAUGCAAUGGAUUAUAUUUGAAUUACUUUAUUAGGGUUGUCACAACAUUUUAGUCACUAGCACACAGUGGUGGUAAAAGUACCCAACUGUCAUACUUGAGUAAAAGUAAAGAUACCUUAAUAGAAAAUGACUCAAGUAAAAGUCACCCAGUAAAAUUCUACAUGAGUCAAAGUAUUUGGUUUAAAAUAUACUUAAGUAUCAAACGUAAAAGUGUAAAUAAUUUCAAAUUCCUUAUAUUAAGGAAACCAGAUGGCACCAUUUUCUUGUUUUUUUUUAUUUACAGAAAGCAAGGGGCACACUCCAACACACAGACAUCAUUUACAAACGAAGCAUGUGAGUUUAGUGAGUCCGCCAGAUCAUAGUCAGUAGGGAUGACCAGGGAUGUUUGUUUGAUAAGUGUGUGAAUUUGACUAUUUUCCUGUCCUGCUAAGCAUUCAAAAUGUAACGAGUACUUUUGGGUGUCAGUGAAAAUGUAUGGAGUAAAAAGUACAUUUAUUUUCUUUAAGAAUGUAGUAAAGUAAAAGUUGGCAAAAAUAUAAAUAGUAAAGUACAGAUACCCAAAAAAACUACGUAAGUAGUAUUUUUACUUAAGUACCUUACACCACUGCUAGCACAUUUCUCCAUCAAAGUUUUAGAUUUGAAAGAAAAGUAUUCAUAUGAGAAUUGCACCAUACGGAUAGCCCUCAGACAGCUGCCAUUUGUUGGACGGGAGAGCUGGGUUGAAGCAUUAGGUUGCUAAGAGAAGGACAAACUGAAUUGCUUUCAUGGAGGACUGGCUUGACCACACAAUUUAUUUUCAUAGUGAGCAAAAGCUAUUGGGUUUUCUACACAAUUUCCAAAGAAAAUGUUGUGAUUCAUUUAAUAAACCAGCAAAAUGGAUAAAAGGGUGUGGUGGCAGUAGCAGGAACAGUGGCAUCUAUUGGGCAAAACAUGGUACUUUCUCACAAAUGUAUGGUAAAUCAUGCAAGUGACUUCAAUGGCUAAUUUCUCUAAACGGGGUUAAAAAUAAACAUCACCCUAUUCACAGGGAAUACAUUACAAAUGGUGAAUAAGCAAUACUCUAAGCCACAGCUCCAUACUACUUGUCAAACAAAGAGAACUGAUACUGUGUACUGGUUGAUGGCGUGGGGUCUGUGGGUGGCUUUUUAUAAUUUUAGUGGAUUCCUCAUAUCUCACACAAUGGUAGGAAAAAGUUCAGUCCAAAUCGGAUGUUGGGUACUAUAAUUUGUUGAAUAUUAUGUGAAUCCAAUUUGGGUGCUAUCAAUUAGCUUUAUUUCUCAAUAACAAUCUGAGAUGGUGGGUGUCAUGGCUUGCUGAAAUGACAUGGAAUGACCCUAGAGAGAAAGACUACUAGAGUGAGAGAGAAAGUUGUUUUGUGUAAAAGCCGUAAUAAUUCAUGUUGAUGUUUUUUGUUUCUCUCACAAUGUUAGUUGGAAUGUGUGACAGAGUAAGACAGGAUGCAGUGUCAUCAUCUCCUAAAGGUGUCUAAAUGGAGGGUGCUGUGUAAGAGGUCUUGCAAAAGGGCUCAAUGCGUUGUCACUGCUGUUGUCAGUACCAAACAACGCAGGCAGACGUCUGUACAGUGCAUCCCUGACCUCUAAUAAUGUGGGUCCUUGUAUUCACAAUGUUUCAUUGAGGGUCGAUAUGAAGUAUUCCUAAGUGUGUGUGUGUAAGGGCGGGGUGUGUUUCAGUCUGAGGAACAUGGACAGGGUGUUGGACCUCCAUCAGGAGGACUUUGAUGUGAGUGUGGAGCCAGGUGUGACACGCAAAGGCCUCAACUCCUACCUGAGAGACACGGGCCUGUGGUUUCCUGUCGGUGAGUCACGUGACCUGCAAUGAUGACACUGCACCAACGGGCGGCCCAAUAGGCCUGUCACUACACACCCGGAGUUUAGUUAAUCAUUGUGAAAUUAAGGGGAACGUUUUUCUAUUGUGAAAUACGGGUCCAUGGGUGGAAAAUGUUGGGAACCCCUGAUCUAAGUAAUCAUACAAACUACUUUCAUGUACAAUGGUAUUGCAUGAUCGUCAUUCUAGCUGGCAUUUUGAGCCUUCAAUUGUGAAGAAUAUUUGUGAAGUGUUAGGUAUGAAGUCACUGAGGUGUUCUACUGUCUGUCGUCACACACAGACCCUGGUGCAGAUGCUUCUCUGUGUGGCAUGGCUGCCACCAGUGCAUCAGGCACCAAUGCGGUGCGCUACGGCACCAUGCGGGAGAACGUACUCAACCUAGAGGUGGUCCUGGCAGAUGGAUCCAUCAUUCACACAGCAGGCAGGGGGCGCCGGCCAAGGUAACACUCCCAAACAUGGAUAUAUUCAUGGUUAUGUACAGUUGAAGUCUGAGGUUUACAUACACUUAGUUACACUCCACAAAUUUCUUGGUAACAAACUAUAGUUUUGGCAAGUCGGUUAGGACAUCUACUUUGUGCAUGACACAAGUAAUUUUUCCAACAAUUGUUUACAGACAGAUUAUUUCAUUUAUAAUUCACUGUAUCACAAUUCCAGUGGGUCAGAAGUUUACAUACACUAAGUUGACUGUGCCUUUAAACAGCUUGGAAAAAUUCCAGAAAAUGUAAUGGCUUUAGAAACUUCUGAUAGGCUAAUUGACAUCAUUUUAGUCAUUUGGAGGUGUACCUGUGGAUGUAUUUCAAGGCCUACCUUCAAACUCAGUGCCUCUUUGCUUGACAUCAUGGGAAAAUCAAAAGAAAUCAGCCAAGACCUCAGAAAAAAAAUGGUAGACCUCCACAAGUCUGGUUCAUCCUUGGGAGCAAUUUCCAAACGCCUGAAGGUACCACGUUCAUCUGUACAAACAAUAGUACGCAAGUAUAAACACCAUGGGACCACGCAGCCGUCAUACCGCUCAGGAAGGAGACGCGUUCUGUCUCCUAGAGAUGAACAUACUUAGUGUGAAAAGUGCAAAUAAAUCUCAGAACAACAGCAAAGGACCUUGUGAAGAUGCUGGAGGAAACAACAGGUACAAAAUUAUCUAUAUCCACAGUAAAACGAGUCCUAUAUCGACAUAACCUGAAUGGCCGCUCAGCAAGGAAGAAGCCACUGCUCCAAAACCGCCAUAAAAAAGCCAGACUACGGUUUGCAACUGCACAUGGGGACAAAGAUCGUACUUUUUGGAGGAAUGUCCUCUGGUCUGAUGAAACAAAAAUAGAACUGUUUGGCCAUAAUGGCCAUCAUUAUGUUUGGAGGAAAAAGGGGAAUGCUUGCAAGCCGAAGAACACCAUCCCAACCGUGAAGCACGGGGGUGGCAGCAUCAUUCUAUGGGGGUGCUUUGCUGCAGGAGGGACUGGUGCAUUUCACAAAAUAGAUGGCAUCAUGAGGAAGGAAAAUUAUGUGUAUAUAUUGAAGCAACAUCUCAAGACAUCAGUCAGGAAGUUAAAGCUUGGUCGCAAAUGGACAAACCCAAGCAUACUUCCAAAGUUAUGGCUUAAGGACAACAAAGUCAAGGUAUUGGAGUGACCUCAAUCCUAUAGAAAAUGUGUUGGCAGAACUGAAAAAGCGUGUGCGAGCAAGGAGGCCUACAAACCUGACUCAGUUACACCAGCUCUGUCAGGAGGAAUGGGCCAAAAUUCACCCAAUUUAUUGUGGGAAGCUUGUGGAAGGCUACCCGAAACGUUUGACCCAAGUUAAACAAUUUAAAGGCAAUGCUACCAAAUACUAAUUGAGUGCAUGUAAACUUCUGACCCACUGGGAAUGUGAUGAAAGAGAAAUAAAAGCUUAAAUAAAUAAUUCUCUCUACAAUUAUUCUGACAUUUCACAUUCUUAAAAUAAAGUGGUGAUCCUAACUGACCUAAGACAUUUAUUAGGAUUAAAUGUCAGGAAUUGUGAAAAACUAAGUUUAAAUUUAUUUGGCUAAGGUGUAUGUAAACUUCCGACUUCAACUGUACAUCAUUGCUUACACUGCCAGGCCUGAAACAGAAAAUUACAGUUAAAACAUGUUUUAGGUUUUUAAUAGCUAAACACUGUGGCGUUUUCUCUCUUUCUGUAAUUUCACCAGUAAUGACAUGUAUGACCUUUGACCUUCUCUCCGUUAGGAAGACAUCAGCGGGGUACAACCUGACCAACCUGUUUGUGGGUUCAGAGGGCACUCUGGGGGUGAUCACCAAGACCACCCUGCGUCUCUACGGGGUGCCAGAGGCCAUGGUGUCUGCUGUGUGCACCUUCCCCUCUGUCCAGGCAGCAGUGGACAGCACUGUGCAGGUACUCCAGACCGGAGUGCCCAUCGCACGCAUCGGUGAGUAGAUGAGGUGGCCAUUUACUCGUUUUUAACACAGAACUUACCUCUGCGUUCAUUGUUUUCUUACAGUAAAGUGCCUGUCCAUCUUAAACUGACACUGAGCAAGAGACUGAUAUGCAUUCUUACUCAGAGUAACCAAGGGCUUUAGACACUAUUUGGAGGACCUGAUGCUAUUUAAAACACUGACCAAGUGUUUUACCACCAUCUUCUCAGAGGAGCUGGAGCCUUGUUCUAAUCCAACCACGUCUGUCCUUUCCAGAGUUCCUUGAUGAUGUGAUGAUUGACGCCUGUAACAGCUUCAACUCCCUGUCCUACCCCGUGGCCCCCACUCUCUUCCUGGAGUUCCACGGCACUGAGAAGAGUCUGGAGGAGCAGGUUACCGUCACAGGUGUGUGUGUGUGUUGUUAUUUUGUUGCUAUACUGUGUUAUAUUGUUAUACUGAAUGUAUGAUGUAAUUGUACGUUAAAAGGAACAUCAGUUGUGAUAGUUUGCUGUAAAUUCGACCUGUGAGAGUGAGAUUUCUUCUUAUUUGUUGAUGGGAAACUACUUGUUGUGGUGUGUCUAGAGGAGAUCACGCAGGCUAACGGUGGGUCAGACUUUAGCUGGGCACGGGAUGCAGAGACCCGCGGGCGCCUGUGGAAGGCACGACACGAUGCCUGGUACGCUGCCCUGGCACUCAGACCGGGCUGCAAGGUAAGGAAGGCUCUGAUAAAUAAUGUCUUCACUUUGUUUGUAAUGACGGAUCCAGUGUUGACGUAACAGAAAUGUGCUGACUCCAUUUUGGUCCUGCAGGCCUAUUCCACAGAUGUGUGCGUCCCUCUCUCUCGUCUCCCUCAGAUCAUUGUGGAAACCAAGGAGGACCUGAUGCUAAACCGACUCACAGGUAACGGCAAGCUAACACUCAACAGACUCCCUCUUGGUGCAUCACUCAGAGGAUACAAUAUUUGUGUAUGUGCAUGUUACUGUACAUGUUUGUGUGUGACCAGUAGUGUAUUGAGGAUUAUUUCUCUCCUGAGGUCCGAUCGCGGGUCAUGUUGGAGAUGGAAACUUCCAUUGUAUAAUGGUCAUGGAUCCCAAUGACCAGGGUGAGGUCACUAGAGUUCAUGAGUUCACUGAGAGACUGGCCAGGUACUGUAUGUCUCUUUCCUCCCUAUAUCGCCAUUAAUCGGCCCCUUGUUCCUGACCAUGGAACUCAUUCUCUCUUAUCCCUGUAUUUUAUAUUUCUCUGUUUCUCUCUCACGCUGUAGGAGAGCACUGGCCAUGGACGGGACAUGUACAGGGGAGCACGGGGUGGGCUUGGGGAAACGAGCGUUGCUCCGAGAAGAGAUGGGACCCCUGGCCAUCGAGGUCAUGCAGGGCCUCAAAGCGUCCCUGGACCCCAAGAACCUCAUGAAUCCUGGGAAGGUUCUGUAGCUGAAGGUACUGAAGCUAUCACCUUAUCAGAGCACUGAAUCAAUGAAUGAAGUGUAAUACUUAGGGAUGCAAUACCUCUGUCUGCCACAGGGUGUCAGUUGGGUAUUUUAUAGCGUGACUGACAGCACAAAGGGCAAAUUGUGUUAUUUUUGUGUCCCCUGAAGUUCCUCAGAAUUAACUGCUGGUAAUUUAGAUGUUAUUACAAUGGAACUGUUUGACUUGAAAUUAUUUAUUUACAACAAUCCUAAUGCAUUGUUUUGCAUUUUGUUUCUGCUAAAUUAUGUGCCCUGUUGAUGUGUACAUACUGUAUUCAAACUGUAAUUGGCCACUUCUGAUUGACAAUGAAGUAUUUUUUAAUAAAAAUUCCUCAUCAUAUUGCCAUGGUGAAGUUGCUCUUAUGUCUAAAGAUUUCUUCUUACAAUCUGAUUUGCUCCUUUUUAAGACAAUCUUAGCUGAUGCCUUGAAAUAAGGUGAACACAAUAACUAAAUGAUAAGCAUUUACACACCAUUUCUUGAGUAGAUUUGUUAAACUUAACAUUUUAGGCCUGAAUCUAGUUAAGGAAAUGACAUGAAGAAACAUGUUUAUUUUUUAUUUUUUAUUAUUAUUAU